CAGAUAAUCAUUUAAACUAACGAACUCUGUCGUUAGUCUAGCGUUAGUCUAGAAUAACACCGCGAAUACCAUUAUUGAAAAGGCAGACAUAUUUAUUACCUGUUUUCGAACCGUGCAUUUUAAUUUUACCACUGACUGACGUUUGUCAAGGACUUGAAAAAUAAUGGACAGCCUACCACCUGAACAGAUAGCAGAGUUCAAAGAGGCAUUUGACUUAUUUGACAAGGAUGGCGAUGGGCGGGUGUCUGCGAGGGAACUUGAGACCGUGAUGAAAUCCUUAGGACAGGAACCAACCGAACAAGAGCUUGUUGAUAUGAUUAAUGAAGUUGAUGCGGAUGGCAACGGUACUAUCGAAUUUACGGAAUUUCUCUGCAUGAUGCAGAAGAAAGGUAACACUGAGGAUGCAGAAUAUCAGUUAAAACAAUCGUUCAGUGUGUUCGAUAAAGAUGGAGAUGGCAGCAUCACGAUAGACGAACUCAGAUCUGUAAUGGACCGACUGGGGGAACGACUUACUGAGGCGGAAUUAAAGGAAAUGAUGGAGGAGGCUGAUAAGAAUGGAGAUGGCAAGAUAGAUUUUGAAGAGUUUAGAUACAUGAUGAAUCAGAAAUGAGGAGGGAUGCCUGUGGAUGGAUAUGUCGGAUGUUAAUAUCUGGUAGCCAGAUAUGAGGCGUUAGUGGGUCAAGUCGACGUUGUAUAUAAAAACAUUACCGAACAUAUUGUUUCACCUAAAUGUCAUGUUUUGUGAUCAUAUAUUGUGUGCAGCAAAACCUUCAAUCUUCAUUUAAUUAAGCUGUAAAGUUUAAAGUAUUUAUUGUUUGUUCACUGUUCACAAAUGAAUCUGAUUGAUUUGAUCAUGAGUAAUAAAAAUAAUUAAUGA